AGCACGUGCGUUUGCAUAUUGUGACAACCGGCUUGAGGAUAAAAGGCGCAUUAUCGAUUCACUAGUUUUAUCAUCUAUUAUCCUUGCUACUGCAGUGUCCGUGCAACAUAAAUUAGACCGCAUAAAGGAAUUACCAUGGCAAGGCAAAAUGUGUUGAAACAACCCGUGGGACUUGAGGAACUGAUCAAUGGCGGUGCAUCGUUCAGCGUGGACACAGAAUUGAUGGAGGAUAAUAAAGGCUCUGAAAACUUCAUGGAGGACGAAUACGGCAGUGCAACCGACGACGAUGAAGAUUAUAAGCUAAUGAUCUCCCCGUGGGACGGUAGCUUUGACGAGUUGCGCGGACAAAUGGAUAAGAUUUCGGAAUAUAUUUAUAAGCGUAUUAAGUGUAAAGGUGUCGGCGAACCGUUUCCGGAAGACGGUAACUUUCGUGUGAUGAUCCAGUACAACGCUUUCCAGGAGAAGAUAAGAAGACCGUUUGAUUCCACCACUUUGCGGUCUUCUCCGUGCCAGUUCCUGCUGGGUGACGCCAAUGUACUUCCUGGGUUGGAUGCUGCGGUGCGGACGAUGCGCGUUUCCGAAGAGUCCGAGUUUGUUAUUUCCUAUAAGCUGCUCUUCGGCGAGCUAGGAUGCCUGGAUCGCAUUGGGCCGAAAUCUGAUUGCCUGUAUGUAAUCAGACUGAUCAGAGCGGAGGAUGUUGGCGACUGUGAUGCGCUCACAAAGCUCGUUGACACGGACCGUCGGUCGUACUCGAAAGUAAAGGAGAGAGUGACACAGAUUCGCACCUACGCGAAGGAUUGCUUCAAGCGUAAGUUAUUGUCGAAUGCGAUAGUCAAAUACUUGGAAGCUGUAGAAGCCCUUCACUUGUGCCAAUUGGACGAUGCAGAUGAAGAGAACGAGCUGAAGGAUACUAUGAUCGCACUGUACACCAGUUUGGCUGUGUGUUACAACCAAAAAGAUCAACCGAAGGACGCCCAUCGAAUGUUGAACGAAUUACGUCGCUAUUGCGACCUAACGCAGAACGCUAAAGCGCUCUACCAGGAAGGCAAGGCCUUGCACAAGCUGGGAGAGUUUUCGAACGCCAGAAACUCCCUGAAUCGGGCACUUGUGCUUCAACCCAACGACAAGAAUAUCCAAGCGGCACUCAAAGAGCUAGAAGCCACUGUGGUGAAGAAUCGACGCGAUGAGAAAAAUAUGUGGUCCCGUGCAUUUGGCAUGCCCGGACCAGAACAACAAGAGAAGAUCGCCGAGCAAAAUAGUGAUUUCCGGCAGGCUGCUAAUACUUCGGUGCUAACAUUCGUCGACGAUGAGAAUCUCGAUACCUUUUAUCUACCAAAUACGCUGUCGGAAACGGAACUGUCAAUAUUGAAGGAGCUGUGUGAGCAGUAUAAGCUGAAGCUAUCAUUCGACAUGGAUAAUAACAAGAAACGUUAUAAGUUACAAAAGAAGUCUGCACCGUAAGACCAUAAUAUUUUUAUUCAUUCAUCAAAUCAUUCUUGUUUUCAUUUUGUUAUUACCAGCUGUAUUAAUCAACAUUCUAUUCCUAGAACUUCCCAGACAGACAUUCGUAUCGUAUCUCUAAUCAUUAACGAAACAGACACUCGUAUCUUAUCUUCAACAUUAAUAUGUCUGCUGAUCUGGAGGAGGGCAGCUCUGAAUUUUCAAAACAUCGUUUAAUUGAAUUGCAACUCGCUCACGAAAUUGUUCUUACGCUCCGUUGAAAUUAUUGAUUGAAUUAAAAUAAAACUUGACGAUAUUUGGUCGUUUCAGCCAGUA